AUGGAGAAAACUGGUUCCCAAACGGGAGGCCCAGCCCCCGAAUCUGACACAACUCUGUAUCCUGAACGGAAAUCUAAAGAUGCCAUCAUACGAAGACCACCUCCGAGACAUGAUAUAGCUUUUAUACUUCCCCAGAGACCCCGCAUAAGGAGCAAUUCCCUGCCCUCAUCAUCGCCCAUUACGCCAGAUACUCCCUUUACGCCAGUUACGCCCACUACUCCUGCCACUCCUACCACUCCUGCUACUCCCAUCACUCCCAUCACUCCCGCAACACCUGGUAAACUUCCUACACCUGCCAAAAUUCCUAUCCCCACUACCUCGUCUAAAUCUUCCAGCCAACCCCUCCCUCAAAGCCCAGUCGAGGUGCUGCGACAGUAUCUGCAGACCACAGCUUCCGUGCCCCCAAUCUCAGAUAUAGACUUCUGUGAAGGUUCAUAUGAAUGGCCGAAGACAACGUGGGGGGAGGAGGAACCGGUGGGGUUGAGUAAGAUACAGAGAGCGGAGAAGGAGGUUAAGAUAUGGGAGGGUGUAUGGGAGUGUCACUUUGGGGAGGGCGAUGAGAAUGCUGGAAGACGGGAUAGGGAUGAGAAAGGAAAGGAAAAAGAGGGGGAUGUGGAUGAAGAUCAGAAUCAAAAUGAAGAGUUGCGUGCCUUCAUCAAGGAGAAUCUGGAAGAUGCAAAAAGGAAGAGAGAUGCGUUGGAGAGGACGGAAGAAAAUCUGAGGGUUGGAGAUAUUGAUCCCAGCAAACCUGCCAUCGCUACUCGACUCGAAGCCCUAAACUGGGCCCUCAGCAUCUCGAAAUUCGAGCCCGAGCGCGAGAACAUCCGCGCUGCGAUUGCCGGCUAUGAGAGCGGUGCAAUCGGCUACACCAAGCACCUGACGGUUAUAUACGCCGGGAAGAUCGUCGACACGGCUCCUGACUAUGCAUCGUUGGUGCGAACCCGUCAGGAGCGGUUGGAUCGCUAUGCGGAAGCUCACGGCCCACACUGGAUAUUCUAUGAAUCGCCACUAGACGUGCACCCCGAGACACAGCCGUUGAUGAUGAAGUCCCUGUCGCUGGACCGGAAGGAUUCAUGGACAAAUCUGGGCCCGUAUUAUCUCAACCAGGGGUAUUGGAAGAGGGCGGGAUGGGUGAGAAGGAUGCCGCAGAUGGCAAACUCAAGCAUUUCUUUUCUAGAACCGACGUUUCGACGCCUUCCGGAUGGAAGGGUGGCAUGUCAAGAGCCUGGGCCGAAGCAGUGUUUCCGCUCCCUGUUAGACUCGGGGGCUACGUAUCCCAGUCUCUAUAGGGAGGAUCUUCAGAAGCUGGCCAUCGACGAGACGAACUAUGCAUGUCAGGCUGUCGCAACUAUGAAAACGGCAAAUGGAAUCGUCAACGCGCGGAUCUUUGAACUGUUCGUCUGUGUGCUUGAUGACAACAACGAGCAACUCGUUGAUCCGAACGACGCUGCCUGGCCGUACCAUGCCCACUAUCUCGGGGGGCUAUGUCCCUGCAUCGAGUUGCUCGACACGUUAGACGUAUCGCCAGAAGGUGUCCAGGUGGGUGACCGACUAUCUGGACUGCUGCCCUUCGUUGCAUGCUAUAUGACCAGCACGCCGACGCGGAAUACGCUCUUCCUGGGCGAGGACCGCAAGGACGUGCUUGGCUCGCACCGCAUACCCGGCCACAAGAAAUGGGACAUCCAGAUGCCGAACGGGCCGCCAGGCUCAGCCGUGACGUGGGAUAUGUUUGGAGACCCCAAGACAACAUUCGUCCACCGGCAAGGCAGGAUCAUCGACCGCGACGACCCGAACCUGAAUCAUGCCAGCACGGUAACAUUCCUGCCGGGCACGGAGCAAGAGUACACGAUCACGAUCAAUCCAAUAGAGGAGCUGGAGAAGGACAGAGCGGAGAGGGCGGCAAGAGACGCACAUCUCAAUAAUCCGGCAUGGGCACCAGGGAGAGCACAUCUGAUGGAUCCUCCACUUUGA